GUUUGCAGAAUCCAGUAUAGGUGGCGCUGUUUACUUUUAGUGGAGGUUGGGGUCAGCGCAAAUCAGCGUGAAUUUGGCGCGAAAAGUGCGCGCGCGCGCGCGCGGUUAGUUGCUGUACAGAUCUUGGUUGUGAAGGUUGUUCUGAAAGGCCAGCUCCGUGCGUACACACCCCAGGCUCCACGUUGCGAUUACCAGUAUAGUGCAGUUAAAGAUGCCGAAAAGAAGUCACAGCCGUCACCCCCGGGAUUCUCCUCGCCGAUUGCCCACACCUGACCAAACCCACCAACGACAUGAUGAACGAGCGGAAAGCUGCAGGUGCCUCGAAUGCGAUAAGUCAUUUGGGGCCAAGUCAGCAUUGGCAAGGCACAUGGCCGAACAACACCAACCACGUGAUCGGUUCCCCUGUCCGUUUUGCGACAUAAUCUACGGCCGGAAAAACGACUUGGCGAGGCACAUCCGAUGGGCUCACACAGGCAAUCUUGAUGUAGGCAACCAGUCGCCGGUAUCAGUCAGCAACUCCCCCAAAGCUCCCAAGACGCCCAAGAUCUCCGAGACGCCCGAGAAGAAGUCUGGACUGUGCCUGGAAUUACACCCGUCUCCAGAUGACGCGAGGCGUUUGGCUUCGCCACAAGGUGCAACAUCCUUAAGGAGAGUUCUCAUACCCCCAAGUUCUGCAACGGUUUCAGGCCAAUCAGAUGAGGCAACAGGAAAGCUUGUCAAGUGGAGGCGCGUUUUCGACCUCUACGAUGAGGAUUCCUUGAUCGCGAGGAUUACUUCGGAGGAAUUCUUUCAGGAGUAGGACAUGGUGGUCCACUUAUAGUUUUAACUGUUCUUGUUUUUUUAGAACCUUAACUUGUUAAUGGCGUUUUUCUAGUUAAAUUUGUUGUUCGUGAAAGCGGGACGCACUCUUUUCCCGGGGAGGGGAUGAUGUAGAGUUUGCAGAAUCCAGUAUAGGUGGCGCUGUUUACUUUUAGUGGAGGUUGGGGUCAGCGCAAGUCAGCGUGAAUUUGGCGCGAAAAGUGCGUGCGCGCAAGCGGGGUUAGUUGCUGUACAGAUCUUGGUUGUGAAGGUUGUUCCGAAAGGCCAGCUCCGUGCGUACACACCCCAGGCUCCACGUUGCGAUUACCAGUAUAGUGCAGAUAAAGGUAAAUCACAAGUAAUACUGAUAUCGUGUGUUCAUUGUUUGGAUGUUUGGAGGAAAGAAUUAGAAGUUAAGAAACCGGAAUAUUGGUGUCAUUUGUGUCUUAUUCCGUCUCUCCACUGAAUAAAAUUGAACCCCCGAAAACGCUACAAUAUCAACAAGGGUGCUGGCCAGCCUGAGUAAUGUGUUUAUCUUUAAGACAUGGCAGAUAAGAGUUCUGGUAAUUGUGGCCGCGAGAUUACUAAGUUUAAGUUUCCCCUGUAGGAUAGGUAGUACAUGUAGUUGGCCAUUAGUUUUAAAGUGAUGUUGCUCCUGAAGUUUGAUAGUAUUGGCCAUACUGAUUUAAAACGUUGUUAUUUAGGAAACUGACUUAACCUUUUUCUUGUACAUUGUUUGU